AUGGAUGGGAAACAAUAUAGAUGCGUGCUUUGUAAUAGAAAGGCCUCUCCUGAUGAAAGACGCCCAGCUAGUACAUUUCUGGUAAUAUUACGCAAACAUUUUUCCUUAAAUGUUGAGGAAACAGAUGUUCUCUGUAACAAGUGUCGUCACAAGUGUCGGAAAGUCAAAGACUCAGUGACAAGGGAAUCUGUGUUGCCAAGAAUAGCUCCCCAAGAGGAAACAGAGGAUCCAACAUUUGCGUCACCCAAGCAGAAGCGUCCAAAACAUGCAUUCCCAAGUCCCCCAUCUGUACCCUUGCCUAUUCCAUCAUCAUCACAGAGCCAUGGUUACUGCUUUGUUUGCAAGAAACCAGGACCAAAGCUUGUGGCUGUUUCCCAUCAUGUUCGGCUGUUAGUGUUUAUAAGGAGAGAAAUCAUCAUUCCAUCUGGAGCAAGAUGCUGUGUGCGACAUCUAGAAAAUGGGAAAAUGGUUGAUGAUGCUAUGCAGCAGAUCAGGACCAAUGAAAGCACAACGCUCAACAAAACAUUCAUCCUCAGUCAUAAAGGUAUCAACAAUUUGCAUGAAAUCAAGAUACAUGAUAAUGACUUGCGAGAGAAGGCAUUCCAACAGUCAAGGCUUGACUUUGAUGAUGAAAGCUGUAUGGAUGACGAUGAGUAUAGAGUACUGACUGGAUUUUCUCGACGGGAAUUUCACGACAUUGUAUCGUCAGUUACCAGCAUCAACUCAACUAGAAAUCGGAGCAAGAGGACAUGUAUUGCCAUCCUCCUGAUGAAACUUAGAUCAGCUCUUUCUAACAAACUGCUUGCUGUUUUGUUUCAUAUGACUAAAUUUCAAGUUCGCCGAGCUAUAGUUUCUGCUCGAACUUCACUUAUGAGAGACUUUGUGCCACACAAUCUUGGAUUUAACCACAUAACACGUGAGGAGGUGAUCCAGAACCACACCCGACAACUGGCCAGAAAUCUCAUGACUGAAGAUGUUACAUCGAAUCCAGCAAUUUUGGUUCUUGAUGGAACAUAUAUCUAUAUACAGAAAAGUUCAAAUUUUGCUUUUGCUCGUAGAUCAUAUAGCAUGCACAAACACAGGCCUCUUGUGAAACCGAUGAUGGUGGUGACAACGACUGGGUACAUUGUGUCAGUUCUUGGCCCCUAUCUAGCAGACAGUAAGAACAAUGACGCCAGCAUACUGAGGCACAUGAUUUACCAUAAUGCUGAGGAACUCAGGAACUGGCUUCAAGAGGAGGAUGUGUUUGUAGUGGACCGUGGCUUCAGAGAUGCCCAAGAUGUUCUGGAAGAUGUUGGGAUAAAGUUAGAGAUGCCAGCAUUUAUGAAACGGGGAGAGAAGCAGCUCUCAACUAUUGAUUCUAACUUAUCAAGAGUAGUGACAAAGGUGCGAUGGGUAGUUGAAGCAUGUAAUGGACGCCUGAAACAGUGGCAGUAUUUGUCCAAGACCUUGCCAAAUUCCCAGAUCCCAUUCAUUGGUGACUAUGUUAGAAUUGUUGCAGCCCUCUGUAACAAGUAUAGGCCUCCAAUUAGUAGAUCAUCAGAAGAGGAUGAACAAGUUGCUGCAAAAAUGCUCCAUCUUUCACAGAGAGCAAAUACACUACAGGAACGUGUUGAAGGUGAGGGACUGGAUAGAAGAGGAAUGCGCUGGUCAAAAGUGGAUGUGGAGAAUGUAGCUCCAGAUUUUCCAUGCUAUGAUGAAAGUGAACUGCGCCAACUUACGCUCGGGGUAUAUCAGCUGCGCAUGGCCCUCUCCUAUGCUCAGGAACAUACUGACGCAGACGGUGGAUUUGAAAUCCUCAUCAAUGACGAGAUUCCUGGAUUGUUGUGUGCCAAAAUUCAAAGCAGACAUAUAUCCGCAAAACAGUACAGAUGCUGGGUCAGUUUUGGUGAUGGAGUGGUCGAUGGAUGGUUUUGCAAAUGUAAAGCUGGCACCAGAGUUGUUGGGAUGUGCGGCCAUGUUACCAGUGUUAUCUGGUAUCUCUCUUUUGGACGAUAUCAGAAUUCACUAAAGGGGGUUCGAAACUGGAUUGCAUCACUGGAAGACGCCUCUGACAUCCCUGCCAUCAUUGAUGAAUCGGACAGUGAUGAAGAUGAAGGUUGUGUUGAAGAGUGAGAGAAGAAAGAGGAAAGUAAGAAAGAAGUUGUUUUGUGUAUGAGAGAGAGAAAGAGAGAGAGAGAGAAAGAGAGAGAGAGAGAGAGAGAGAGAAUACAUGUUUGGAAUUGGUGUGCCUCAGUGAUUUGAACUUUUGUUACCAGGGUAGUUGUCAUUAUUUGUGUAUUUAAGUGUUACAUGUAUAAUGUAUUUGUUAUUUAAUUUCCUUGUUCGAUAAACUUGUUUUCUUCAUUUUAGUGUCUUUCUUUGAUUUUUAUAAUUUUGAUAGAAAA